AUGGACGCGCAUCAGCUCGCUGGGCGUGCCGCGGCCCGGCAACCUGUAGCUGGGCUGCAGCGGGCGGCGCAGCGGCGGCGCGUCUCCGCUCGGAGGGCGUUGGUGGUGCAAGCUGCGCAGCAGCCACUUGGUGGUGAGGGGCCCGCGGAGGGGCCCGGGACGCCGGCGUUCGGCGCCGGGUUCGUCAAUUACGCGGUCAAGGGCAUCGCUGCUGGGCUCGGAAUCACGGCCGUGGUCGCGGCGCUCCCGCUAGAGCUCGGCAUCGGGGGCGGGAACGGCGGCAGCGGCUUCUUCGGCGGGGGCGGAGGCGGGGGCGGUGGGUGCGGCGGUGGCGGCUGGAAGGGCCUGGGCAGCCUGCUCGCGGCGCGCGCGGACGACGACGACGACGAGGAGACGGAGGAGGAGGAGGAGGAGGUGAUCGAGGAGGUCGAGGAGUCGGAGGACGAGGACGCCGGCUCGGACGCGGAGGGCGACGUGGAGAUCAAGCCCACGGCCGCUGCGGGCGCGGGGGGCGAAGACGACGGCGAGCAGAUCGACAUCUCGAAGGGCUUCUUCGUGAAGAAGAUCGAGGCGGUCGGGCUCCCCAACGAGCCCGGCAUGCCGUCGGCGGACGAGCUCUUUGCCGCGCUCAAGUGCCAGGCCGGCUUCGAGUGCACCGCGGACGACCUGAAGGACGACCUGCGCAGCCUGAUGCAGAUCGGGCUGUUCAGCGACGUGCAGGCGUCGUGGAAGGCGAUUCCGGGCACGGGCGGCAAGUGCCGCCUCAUUUUCAACUUCCAAGAAAAGAUCUGGCCGCGCAUGCGGUCGCUGAAGAUCGAGGGCGCGUCGCUGCUGCCGAACGACAUGGCGGAGCAGGUCCUCGGCGAGCACGCGAAGACGGAGGGCCCGUCGUCGAUGCGGACGCUCGCGAUGAUCCGCCGCGUCGUCGACAAGUGGUACGGCGAGCGGGGGUAUUCGCCGUUUUGCUACAUCACGCACUUCGACGGGAUGGACACGGGCGACGUGGUCGCGCACGUCGUCGAGGGGCGCGUCGGGAACGUGAACCUGCUCUACCUGGACGAGAACGGCAACACGAAGAAGGGGGGGGGUGAAACGGACCCCUCCAUCAUCAUGCGGGAGCUCCCCUUCCGCCGCGGGCAGAUCUACAACACCGACGACGGCCGCCUCGCGCUGCGCGACGUCUUCGCGACCAACCUCUUCGAGAACGUGCAGAUCCUGCCCAAGCAGUCGACCAAGUCGGAGAAACAGAUUGACGUCGACCUCAUGAUCCGGGAGCGGCCGACGAAGCUCGCGGAGGUCGAGUGCGAGUGGGCGAUCGCGAAGAACGACCGCGGGCUCCCGACGCCGACCUCGCUCGUCCCGGGCGGCUCGAUCACGUUUGAGCACAGGAACCUCCAGGGGCAGGGCAACCAGUUGUCGGCGCAGGUCACCACGCAGAACUUCCUGCGGCCGCAGGACGACCUGGGGUUCAACGUGACGUACAAGCGGCCGUACCUGCUCGGGCACGAUGACCCGCGGCGGACGAACCUGUCGGUCACAGCGUUCAACGGACGCAAGCUGAGCGCGACGUUCACGCCGGGGCCGACGAUGAACCAGCAGGAGGUGCCGCAGGUGUGGAUCGACCGCGUGGGCGCGAAGGUGACGGUGGCGGAGCAGCACUCGCGGAACUCGAAGGCCGCGCUGUCGGUCGUGGCGGAGGAGGUGGGCGCGCGCGACGAGCAGGGGGAGGCGCUCGUGGCGGGGCAGCGGAUGACGCAGGCGGGCGUGACGGACGGCCCGCCGACGACGCUGAGCGACACGGGCACGGACCGGAACCUCUUCGUGCAGGGGCACUUCGUGCGCGACGCCACGUACUUCCAGCGCGGCGUUCUGCUCGGUCCGCGCGACGUGUUCAAGGUCGAGCAGGGGCUCGGGCUCGGCAGCAGCGCGCUGUUCAACCGGAUGGAGGUGUCGUCGACGCGGUACAUUCCGCUCACGAACGGCAAGGCCAGCAAGUCGGGCCCUCUCUCGCUCGUGCUGCACGCCAAGGCGGGGACCACCGUCGGCGACGUGGCGUCCUACGACCUGUACCCGCUCGGGGGGCCGUUCUCGGUCCGCGGGUACAACCUCGGCGAGCUGGGCAGCUGCCGGACGUACGCCGAGGCCGCGGCGGAGGUGCGGGUGCCGCUGCCAAAGGUGCGGCAUCCGGUGUAUGCGUUCUACGAGCGUGGGUCGGACCUGGGGACGUCGCGGACGGUGCGGGGCGCGCCGACGUGCUUCUACGACAAGCCCGGCAGCGGGGCGUCGUACGGCGCGGGCGUGAAGGUCGGUGCGACGCGGGUGGAGUACGCGCGCGAGUGCAACAUGGGACGCGGGACGUGGUACAUCCGGUUCGGCGAGCGGUUCUGA